AGAAAACUGUGCACUGAGCCUCACGCGGCACCGCGAGGCUUCCGAGGAUCGCAGCGCCCGGCUGGGAACUUUCUUAGAACUGCAAACAGUUUGGCCAGCGGCUCUGACUUUGGUUUGGUCGCUGCUAGCCUCUCUCGCGGCUGGCACCGAGGCGCGGCUUCUCUCCCGCGCCUCCUCGGCCUCGGGCGGCUCCACGCGCGGCCGCGGCGACUCCGGAGCCCGGCAUGCCGUGGAACUUGACCGCGGAGCAGCUCUCGGAGCUGCUGCGGCUGCACAACCUGACACGCGCGCAGUUCAUCGCGCGCUACGGGCUGCGGCCGCUGGUGCUCACCCCGCAGCUGCCCGCACGCGCCAGGCUGGCCCUCCUGCUCGCCGGCUUACUCAUCUUCGCCCUGGCGCUCUUCGGCAACGCCCUGGUGGUCUACGUGGUGACCCGCAGCAAGGCCAUGCGCACGGUCACCAACAUCUUCAUCUGCUCCCUGGCGCUCAGCGACCUGCUCAUCGUCUUCUUCUGCAUCCCGGUCACCAUGCUCCAGAACGUCUCGGACACCUGGCUGGGGGGUGCCUUCAUUUGCAAGAUGGUGCCAUUUGUGCAGUGCACAGCCAUUGUGACAGAGAUCCUUACUAUGACCUGCAUUGCUGUGGAAAGGCACCAGGGGCUUGUCUACCCUUUCAAGAUGAAGCGGCAGUACACCAAUCACAGGGCUUUCACAAUGCUAGGUGUGGUGUGGCUGGUGGCCAUCGUCAUAGGAUCACCCAUGUGGCAUGUGCAGCAACUUGAGAUUAAGUAUGACUUCCUAUACGAAAAAGAACACAUAUGCUGCUUGGAAGAGUGGAGCAGCCCCGUGCAUCAGAAAAUCUACACCACCUUCAUCCUUGUCAUCCUCUUCCUGCUGCCUCUCUUGCUGCUGCUUGUCCUCUAUGGUAAAAUCGGUUAUGAGCUCUGGAUCAAGAAAAGAGUGGGGGAUGGCUCAGUGCUCCGAACUAUUCAUGGAAAAGAAAUGUUCAAAAUAGCCAGGAAGAAGAAAAGAGCUGUGAUCAUGAUGGUGACAGUGGUGGCUCUCUUUGCUGUGUGCUGGGCACCUUUCCACAUCGUUCACAUGAUGAUUGAAUACAGUAAUUUUGAAAAGGAAUAUGAUGAAGUCACAAUCAAGAUGAUUUUUGCUAUAGUGCAAAUAAUCGGAUUUUUCAAUUCCAUCUGUAAUCCCAUUGUUUAUGCACUCAUGAAUGAGAACUUCAAAAAAAAUUUUGUGUCUGCGGUUUGCUAUUGCACAGUAAAAGAAACGCUCUCUCCAGCACGGAGGCAUCGGAGUUCAGGGGCUAUGGUGAUGCAGAGGAGAGCAAAGUUAGCUGGGGGAGAGAAUCCUGGAGAGAUCAAAGGAGAAGCAUUUGGGCACAGCAGUGUCGAUGUGAAGUGGUGUGAACAGCCAGAGAAGAGGAAGAAAACAUCUCAAGUGGCGUCUUUCCCUCUUUAGCUAUGGAUUUCUGAGAACUCUGCCAUAGAUGUGGACAUUAACUGUAACAGUGUCUUCAAAAUCAGCACCUGUCAUACUGUAAUCAAAAGAAAAUUAUUUUGUGAAAAAGUCAGACAGCAUUCAUAUUAAAAAUGUUGACAAGCGCUUGAAAGGCGGAGGCAGGGGAAUCGGGAGUUUAAGGUCAUCCUCAACUGCAUAAUGAGUUUGAGGACAACCUGGGCUACAAGAGACUUUGUCUCAAGAAGCUGAAAUGGUUACAACAACUAUACUUACUAGUGAUAAUGACAGAAUAUUUUUCGUUGAAGAUACAUAUGAAAUACAAUUUUGGAAAGUUAUUGGACCACCCUUAUGGUUAGUUACUAGGUGGAGUGUUGCUUUGUUUUGUUUUAUUUCAUGUGUGUAGGUGGUUGACCUGUGUGUGUGUCUGUUUAUCACAUUCAUGCCUGGCUGUCCACAGAGGCCAGCACAAGGCAUCCAGUCCCCUGGAACUGGAGUUAUAGAUGGUUGUGAGCUGCUACAUGGAUACUGGGAAUCAAACCCACGUCCUCUGGAAGAGCAGCCCUCGCCCCUGCCCUAAUGUGGAGUUUUAAAUAUCUUGUAUAAAAAUCAGAGUUUUUGGAUAGCAAUUUUCAUCUGUGUGGUUAAUGUGAUAUGAUUUUCUAUACAUUGUUAACUUGGAUGAAACCAUUAACAAUGUGCCUUCUUCCUAGAAUAGUAACUUAAUGGUUGUGCAUCACACAUGGCUGUUGAAGUUAUGCCCCUUUCCUUUGCAAAGGAAGCCUGUACCAAAGUCAGUAAGUCCAGAAGAUGGAGAAGCAGCCAAGCAUGAGCACAGGUCAACAGUACGUGGACUGGACCUUCUUGUAGCCCGAGUGACCAUUUCUGUGGUGACUGACAGCUCUCUUGCCUCCUUUUUUAGUCUCUGUUCCCAUGCAAACUGAAGUUGAUAGCUGCACUAUUUCAUGAAGCCACCAUGGAAAUGAAAUGAGAUGCAAUUAGAAAAACAUUUGUAGUCUAAAGCAUUCUUGCAUUUUGAAGAAUUGUCCUGCUUGUAUCUCCACCCUCCCUCUCCUCUUCCUGCUCUGAGUCUUGUCUUGACUCUGUCUAGCUUUUUUCCUCAUACAUAUAUCUAGUUUCUCUACUCAGUAGUUUGAGGAACUCCAUGUAUUGGCAGGGUCAAUAUCUAAUAUUGUAUGUGUAUAACAAAUGGUUUAAAAAUCUGAGAUAAACUCUAGCGGGAUGAACGUGUAAUAUAUAAGUGUAAUAUGUUGAUGAGGGUAUGACUGGACUUUCCCUGUGAAAUUUUGCUGUUCCAGGGCUGCCCCAAGAUGUGGGUGAGGAUGCUGAAUAGAUUUGUCUGCCCAGAUUUCUUCCUUCAAACCCAUUUGGUCAUCUAACUGCCACAUGUCACAAGCAUCAGAACACAGGGUGAUUUCCCCUCCAGCGUCUAGUAUUCAAAGCUUAAUCGUAGCCACAUAGCUUAAACGUUUCUUCUGCCUCCAGUUUCCAGCCUUGACUUUUCUCAGCUGAAAACAAAAUGCCAAGAACAUUCAGGCUGCUUUGUGGUUUAAGCUUUAAGUCUGGGAAGAAACCCACUCAGGCUCCUGGCUGUUCAGUACACACUGUGUGUAUCAGUGAAGCAUGCGCAAAAAAGACUAAGACGAAAUAAUGUGUGGUAUUAGGGGAAGGAAAAAAUGCCAAUAUGACAGAAAGAUUAGCAAAUCAAAGAAAGGGGGCUGUUAAUGUUUUUGGGAAUGGAUUGUUUGGAUUUUGUUGUUAAGUGCCUGUCAUGCCUCAAAGUCCUGUUGCAAAGCAGUGGUUCAUUAAACACCAAACAAUAAAAUGAAUCUGAAUCACUGGCUUUGGUUACCUUCAUUUGUUGGCCGCAUCUGCAUAACUUCUUCUACUCCAAACAUGAUAGCAAAAAGCAUGUAAGUCAGCAGUUAUUAUCCUCUCAAUUAUGAACAUUAAAAGAUUCCCAAGUAGCGCAGAGCUGAGCCUACACUGUUCAUAGUGAAUAUUUAAAAUUGUGGCUGUCCUAGGAGAGUGCCAAGUGUGUUUUCAGAUAUUCAUUGGCUAGGUAUCUGUAGCUCUUCCUUCAACAACCAUCUAUUCUAUUUUGAUUUAUUGUUUGGGUUAUUGGGGAUAUUAAAUAUGGGCAGAUCAUUAUAGA